AAACGUUGUAGAUUAUGGGAAAAAAGUGUUUAGUUGGAAUCUGCUCGCGAGACCCUAAAGAAAGCUAUGAUUGGAUACAGGAUCUUCUGAAAACAGAGCGCUUUAAAAAGAAAGUGAAAGACACACCACAUCCUAUCUACAUAUCCAACAGCAACAGCUCCGAGUUCAUGAAGAUGAUGUCCAACUGUACAUUUACCAUCCUGUAUCACACCAAGAACCGAGGGAGAAUAAACAUUACAGAUGUUACUGACUCAUUGUAUGAUGCUGAGCUGGAGCUAAUGUGCAAAACACAAGGACGGGAUAAUGUCAUUGUUGUUAUUGAUGACCUGGAUGACAGUGGCUCUGACGAGGCGGAGAGAAUACUAAGAACCCAAGAAAGCAUCAAGAAAUGGUCUUGUGAGCUGUUCCUGUUCAGUAAACAAGAUAAAGUAACUAUUGCAGAUGGUAAAUCUACAGAUGGUCAGGUUGAUAAGAAGCUGAGCAGGUUAAGAGAAAUCUUAAAAAAAGCCAAGAAAAAGCAGAAAUUUACAGUUCGUGGAGAAAAAGGUGACAACUCACACAAACACAAGUCUAAGAAAAAAGAAGACCACCCAAAUGAAGAGAAAUAUGUAUUUUCUUAAAUCUAAAGAGUUCAACAGAUCCCACCAAUAUUUUCAUUGGACAUUACUUAAAGGGGCAUGAACGUUUUUAAAUUGCAUUCUGUUUGAAUCAUAAAAAGUGAAUUUUGAUAUCCACA